GAUUGAUCGAGUUUAACUUGGACAGAUGACUCAACCGCCAUGGCAACAAUGGUGGCCACAUUGCUGCAACAGACGUCCCCUCCGAAUCUGCGCUGGUCAGUGUCCUCACAAUGUCUGCAGCUCUGUUUGAGGGGCAGGGGCCCCCAUUCGAAGCCGCCACGAAGGGGGACCAGCAGUUUUUUGCAUCCUUGACGUCUUCUGAGCUCAGCAAAGUAUGCAGAAGCAGAGACGACGAUGAACGCACUGUGCUACAUUGUGCAGCAGCAGGAGGGCAUGCAAACUUGAUAAACCUGUUUGUUAGCGCCGGCGGGGCCGAUGUGUCGGUGUCCGACGAAGACGGCUGGACGCCGCUCAUCUCGGCGGCCAGCAGCGGGCACGACGCUGUGGUCGAUCUGCUGCUGAAUUUGGGGGCAGCAGUCGACGCCACAAACUCGAGUGGGAGGACAGCUCUGCAUUACGCAGCGAGCAAGGGGCGGGAUGGAGUUGUCGCCGCGCUCCUGCGGAAAGGCGCAAGCGCAGCAGCCAAAGACUCGUUGGGUGCUACCCCUCUCCACCGGGCCGCGGGAGCGGGACAGCUGGCGGCUGCGGAGGUGCUGAUACGCGAUGGCAAAGCGAAGGUGAACGUGCGGGACAAGCACGGCGAGACGCCGCUCUUCCUGGCCGCAGCGUCGGGCCACCAAGAGGUAGCGUUCCUCCUUCUUCGGCAUGGCGCCCGGCUUGACAUCCAAAAUAACGACGAGAAAACGGCGGUCGAUGUUGUGGGGGACGAGGACUUUAAGGAAAAGCUACAAGCUGCGCUGCAAUCACAAGAGGAGCCUGCAGCUAUGGAGGUGGGCUAGUCUCAUCCCGCUGUAAACAGUGUCGUUACCAGACUAGGUGCCUAGAGUCAGAUCAAGGAUUCAGCCGGGUAAAGCAAGACAGCUGCCAAGACCAUUGUACAAAGAAUGUACGUGACACACCUAAGAUCCGACAAUUUCACCAGUACACGGGCAGAGUAUGAGUAACAAUAUACAAACAUCGGUAGGGGUCGCUUAUUGAAAACUUAGGUUGACCCAAUGGUCCACACGGAGCGGCUUCUGUACGUUGCAAAAGCGAAGCCGAAUCCGAUGAUUGCUUGCGUAUCGCUUUCAAUCUUGCAAGCGCCUCGCGCUUCCCUUCAGAU